CCUCCACUCUGUUAUCAGAAUUGCACCGAUAAGAUGAUGAUUGCAGUAAAGUGUUUACUCUACUGUUUCGAUCAUGUUUGUUUCUUGUGAAAAUCUGUCCGCAUUUUUUGAAAUAAAUACUAUAUUAUGGCUUACGCUCUUGGUCACCGCCGCCACCUACUUCUACAUAGAUGUAAAGAACAAACAAAGCUUCUGGAAGAAAAAAGGAGUACCAUACAUCGAACCAGCAUUUCUUUUGGGAAGUGUGGAACUUAACCGAACAAAAUCGUUUGCUGAAUCUAUUCAAGACGCAUAUAAUGUUUAUCCCGACGAAAGAUACCACGGAAUCUACCAAUUCACGUCUCCUUCUUUAAUCAUCAAAGAUCCCGAUUUGAUUAAACAAAUAACCGUGAAACACUUCGACCAUUUCGUCAACCACCGAGAAGUGACAAGUGCAGACGCUGAUCCUUUCUGGAGCAAGAACCUUUUUGCUAGUAGGGACGAAAGAUGGCGCGAUUUAAGAUCUACCUUAAGUCCCUCUUUCACUAGCAGCAAAAUGAAGAUCAUGUUUAAUUUAAUAGAUGAGUGUGCCCAACAGUUCAUCCAACACUUCAAGGAACAACAACAAGAGGUCGUUGAACUGGAAAUGAAAGACACUCUAAGCCGAUACACCAAUGACGUCAUCGCAACCGCUGCCUUUGGUCUACAAUGCAACUCACUAAAAGAUCGGGAGAACGAUUUCUACCUGAUGGGGAAAGACGCCAAUGACUUUAGUGGGUUAAGAAUCUUCAAGUUUUUGCUUUACGCAAUAAGUCCGACCCUGUCAAAGUGGCUAAAAAUAAAAAUUAUCCCAGCCAACGUCACGGAUUACUUUUGCCAGAUCAUUGAAAACUCGGUCCAUAUAAGGAAAGAAAGAAACAUCGUACGUCCUGACAUGAUCCACUUACUCUUAGAAGCCCAAAAGGGUCGUCAAAACCAUGAAGAAACCUCUGAAAUUAAUGAAGGCUUCUCUAGUGUGUCCGACUCCGAGUUAACUAAGAAUCGGCGCAAACAAGAAAUAACACUCGACGAUAUCAAUUCCCAGGCCUUUGUCUUUUUUUUGGCAGGGUUUGAAACGGUGUCCACUUUCCUUACUUUCACACUGUACGAACUAGCCCUCAACCCUCAGAUUCAAGAUCGUCUAAGAAAAGAAAUUCAAUCAGUGGAGGGCAAAAUGACUUACGACAAAGUCCUAGGACUAAAGUACCUCGACAUGGUGGUUUGUGAAAGUCUGCGUAGAUGGCCACCAGCUGUUACCACAGAUAGACAAGUAAGCAAGGACUUUAUAAUAGAACCUGUGAAACCAGGAGAGAAAAAACUCCUUCUGGAAAAGGGCGCAGUCUGCUGGUUGCCGGUUUUUGCUAUCCAUAAUGAUGCCAAAUUUUACCCCAAUCCAGAAAAGUUCGAUCCGGAGCGUUUUAGUGAGGAGAACAAAAACAAGAUUAACCCGUCUAUGUAUAUCCCGUUUGGGUCUGGGCCCAGGAAUUGCAUAGGUUCUAGGUUUGCGCUAUUGGAAGGAAAGUUGCUUCUUUCUUACAUUCUCAAGAAUUUUGAGGUGGUCAAAACCGGGAAGACCAAGAUUCCGGUGGUUUUAGAUAAGACGCAAAUCAAUCUAGCGUCUGAGGGAGGAAUGUGGUUGGGUUUCAAAAAACUUUAAAAGUAAAGACUUACAUGUACUAUAAAUAAAAUAUUGCGUGUUAGAAAA